UAUCAAAUAAACACGAAACGUUAAACAUUAAAGAACGAGAAAAGUGUAUAUAUACGUGCUAAUUCUAGUACAAACAAAAAAAUAGAGAACAAGAAAGUAUGUCUCAAACUGUAAUAGAAAAAAUACAAAACAGAAAAAAUAUCUCUUAAAAAGUCUCCUGGACCAUUAUUGGACAAUUUGAUGCUCCAGUUAAGUAAUGCGUUAAAUUUCAUAUUGAAAGAAGUUUCUGUUUCAUUUCCAUGAAAAUUUCAAUGAUGAUUGUAUUUCUAUGAUUUUGAACUACAUUUCUUGUUUUCAGACCCCAUGAAAGUACUUGUAAAUUUGUGUGCAAGAGACACAAGAGGUUAACUUCCUGCCAAAUUUUUGAUGAAUGCUAAAGCAAUAGAAACUAGCUUCUCAAACUCAGUUUUCAUAGAGGUCAAAUGAGAUUUUCCAGCGAAGAUAUCCUCACAUGUCUCCGCCCAGUCAGUGGCAGCUCCAACCCAUGUGCUAGCAUCACCGUAACGUUCAGAAUCCAAAGCUGGCAGUGAGUCCUUAAUCUUUGCCAUAUUUUAAAGCAUUCUCUACGGCAAGUUUGGCCAUGCCUUGGAGACCAAGUCCUUUGUUUUCCGGGAAGAAAUCAACAGUACAUUCACACAGCUCCUUGUCUAAGGUUUGGCUACAACCUUCAGUUAUCAAGCGUUCCUUUAUGACUAACGAAUUGAUUUGUUUUAAAGCACUCGAGCUUAGCUGGUCAAACUGUUGUUUUCAUAUCAGCAAUUGGAGAAUUUUGGUGUACUAGUUCCUGGAAACUAUCUUCACAUGCUGUUGAAUGUGCGGAGGCACCUGCGAUCCAUAUGUUAGCAUCAGCGUAACCAUUAGCAUCCAAAGCAACCAAUGAUUUCUUAAUCAGGCCAAUUGCAUCCUGUACCGAUUCGGCAGAAUAUUUGUACGAGGUCUUCUUUUGUGCAAGUGUGGUUAGGCUUUGGAAAUCAGCUUGCGCUUCACUUUCAGAUUCAAAAUCUUUGUGAGCUUUAGUAAGGAUAUGAUUAGAAGAGAGGACAAGGGCUAGGACAAAGUAAAAUGUAAUGUGCCCAUGAAAAGAACCCAUGGCUGUUCAAUCGGUUCGAGCAGCCGGGAUCGAGCAGGAUUCGGUGUAUUGAAGGAAGAAAUGGUUGCCUGGAAAAUCAGGACAAGUUAGAAGAUUAUAUAGCCUUCAAUUUUUACAGCAAAUUUCUGUUUUGUUCCUAUUUUUACAUAGAAGACAACUCAGAAGGUGAAUUGAGCUGGUCCUAACUACUUUCUCUGAGAAGGAAACGAAUUUGCUAUUAACAAUUCAUGUUCAAAAGAUAACCGCAAAAUUUGUUGGAGCUUCCAAGCCAUUUUUGGAUCAUUUUGCUUCCAAUCUGAGGCAUGGCAGUUUUUGAGCUACUCCUUGUUUUUAGCCUAAAAGCUUCAACCCAAAUUUAACCACAACGCCAUGUAAAUAGAAGCAACAACUCUAGAAUCAAGAAAGACAGCCAUAUAAAUAGUUCAAAAAUAGCUUACUUCAACUUCUGAGUUUUCUCCUACGUAAAAAUAGGAACACAACAGAAAAAUGUUGUAAGAAAUGAAGGCUAUAUAAUCUUCUAAUUUGUCCUUGUUUUUCCAAUCGACCAUUCCUUCCUUCAACACACUGAUUCGUGCAAAAUCCUGGCCGCUUGAACCGAUUGAACAGCAUGGGUUCUUUACAUGGGUUCAUUCCAUUUUGCUUUGUCCUAGUUCUUGUCCUCUCUUCUAAUCAUCUCAUUGCUAAAGCCCACAAAAAUUCCACGAAUCAAAUCAAAGUAGAAGCUGAUUUCAAAACCAUAGCCGAACUUGCAGGAAAGAAUGCAAUUCCAAAUGCUGAUUUCAAAGGCCUAGCCAGGCUUGCAUUAACGAAAGCAAUAUCAAAUGGGAAUGCAAUAUACCACCGCGUCAACUCGUUGCUACUCAAAACUUCGGACAUAUACACUACGAGAAGCCUAACAGGUUGUUCUACCAACUACAAAGAUGCAGUUGGCCUUAUUAACAAAUCGCUGGCUGCUUUGGAUGCUAAAAAUUACAAUGAUGCCAAGACAUGUAUCACGGAUGCCAUGGCUAACUCAACGAAAUGCGAAGAUAGAUUCGAGGAACUAUUACAACAAAAUUCCCCAUUUACAUUCAUGAAAGCAAAGUUUGGCCUGCUAUGCUUGAGUGGUUUAAAACACAUCAAUCUGUUAGUCCAGAAUGAACGCUUGAUAACUGAAGGUUGUAGCCAAACCUUAGACAAGGAGCUGUGCAAAUCUACAGUCGAAUUCUUCCUGGAAAACAAAGGACUUGGUCUCCAUGGCUUGGCCAAGCUUGCAGUAGAGAAAGCAUUGAAAGAUGGCACCAGAAUCCACAACCACAUCAGUGUGUUGCUAAAAACAACUUCAGAUAAAUGCGUUCUGAAAAAACUUAAAAGUUGUUCUGCGUUCUACCUGACUGCAAUUGAAAAGAUUAAGGAGUCGCUGCCAGCUUUGGAUUGUAAUCGUUAUGGUGAUGCCAGUACAUGGGUUGGAGCUGCCAUAGACUCGGCGGAGACAUGUGAGGGUGUGUUAGCUGGAAAAUCAAAGACGAUAUCACCUUUGACCGCUAUGAAAACAGAGUUUAAUAAGCAAGUCUCUAUUUCUUUAGUUGUCAUCAAAAAGCUAGCCGGAAAUUAACCUGAGGUGGCUGCUGCGCACAAAUCUACAAGUUCUUCCAUUGGAUCUCAAAACAAGAAAUGUACUUCAAAAAUUACAGAAAGAUUAAAUAUCAUUGAAAAUUUCCUGAGAAUAAAACAGAAGACGUAUUCAAUAUGAA